ACCUUGGUGAUUUUUUUCCGGCGACGCGCUUGGUAAGCCAUGGCGCCCAUGAGGCCGGCACCGGGGCGGCGGAAGGGGAGUUUUGGGACGCCCGGCGAAGGGUUUUCUCCGGUGGGAUUCAAGAAUAAGAAUGUGAAACAGAGGACGUGGCGACCCAACCAUCUGCAGGCCUUCGUGGGGAGCGUUCGCGAGGGACAAGGCUUUGCAUUUCGAAGAAAAUUGAAGAUUCAGCAAAAUUACAAGAAAUUGCUAUGGCGGAAAAACAAGGCUCAAACCUCACAGGAAUCCCAAUUCAGAGAUCGAUAUCCCGAUCAUCUGAAACAUCUUUAUUUAGCUGAAGAGGAAAGACUCAGGAAGCAGCGUAGAAAAGUUGAGCAGCCUUUGUCAGAAGAACAAGUUAAUCAGGCUUUGCCAACAGAACAAUGUAACAUUGACCAGACUUUGUCUGAAGAACAUUGUAGCAUUGACCAGCCUCAGCCAGAAGAACAAUGUAAAGAAGAAAGGGUAAACUUCAUUACUAUUCCAAAGAAAAAUAAAAAGAAAACAUCAAAUCAAAAAGCACAAGAAGAAUAUGAACGGGUACAAGCUAAGCGUGCUGCUAAGAAACAAGAAUUUGAGAGGAGAAAGCAAGAGAGAGAAGAAGCUCAAAGACUCUACAAAAAGAAGAAAAUGGAAAUGUUUAAAAUAUUGAGCAAAAAGACUAAAAAGGGCCAACCAAACUUAAAUUUACAGAUGGAGUAUCUUCUAAAAAAAAUACAAGAAAACAAUUAAAUCAGACACUUUAUAUUAAGUCAAGGGGUAAAAUACCUGCUGCCUAUUGAGUUCUUUUGUAUAUGUAAUGCACUUCCUAACAAUUCACUAGGUUUGUCAAUAUAAACUGGAUUGCUAAGCUAUACUAAAUAUAAAAUGUCCAAAAAUUUUUGUUCAUUUAUAUAAAGGAAAAUUUUCUACAUAUACUCUGCAUAAUAUCAUUUGCUUUCUAUUUAUUUGCCCCUGAAGGAAGGGUUGCUUGAAUGACUGAAAGAACCUGCUAUUUGGGUGAUAGUACUUUUGUACCACAUAAAUUCAGAUGAAAUAAAAAUGUUUUUAAAAUGGA